CGACUGUAAUGUUCAUGGUGCCAUCAUCAUUUUUAGUGCAUCUGCACAGAUAUCUCGGCCACAGUGUUUUUCACUUUGUGCGGUUGGCGACACAUCAAGCUAAGUUAGCAAAAAUGGCGUUGUUUUGUGCCCUUUCAAACGAGGUGCCGGAACACCCAGUCGUGUCCCCAACGUCGGGUGCGAUUUUCGAAAAACGCAUCAUCGAAAAGUACAUCCAGGAGCACGGCAAGGACCCCAUCAGCGGUGACGAGCUCACCGUGGACAAGCUCAUUGAAAUUAAGACCCCGCCGAUAGUCAAGCCGAAGCCGCCGAGCGCCACCAGCAUCCCGGCCACGCUGAAGCUGCUGCAGGACGAGUGGGACGCCGUGAUGCUGUACAGCUUCACGCAGAGGCAGCAGCUGCAGACGGCGCGCCAGGAGCUGAGCCACGCGCUCUACCAGCACGACGCCGCGUGUCGCGUGAUCGCGCGCCUCAACAAGGAGGUGACCGCCGCCAGGGAGGCGCUGGCCACGCUGAAGCCCCAAGCGGGCAUCAUCACGGUGCCGCAGCCCGCGGUGGCGGCCGAGGCCGGCGGCAUCGCCAACCAGCCGACAGAGCAAUGCGGCCUGACUGAUGAAGUGAUUGAGAAGCUGCAGGACAAGGCCACGGUGUUGACGCAGGAGAGGAAGAAGAGGAGCAAGACGGUGCCUGAAGAGGUGUCCACGCCGGAGCAGUUGAGGGGAUUCAAGACUUUGGCCUCACAUCCGGGGCUGCAUUCGGCGAGCGUCCCCGGUAUUUUGGCCCUUGACGUGCACAAUUCCGACACAAGCAAAAUUCUGACCGGUGGUAAUGAUCGCAACGCCACCGUAUUCAACAAAGACACGGAACAAGUUGUGGCGAUUCUCAAAGGCCACACUAAAAAAGUCACAAAAGUGGUCUACCACCCUGACGAGGACCUUGUUAUCACCGCAUCGCCCGACUCCACAAUCCGCGUUUGGAACGUGCCAACGUCCCAAACCACUCUACUGCUGCGCGUCCACGAAGGUCCAAUCACCGGACUGUCCCUGCAUCCGACUGGGGACUACGUCCUGUCGGCUUCAGAGGACCAGCAUUGGGCGUUUUCGGACAUCAGAACGGGCGAACUGUUGACGAAAGUCGCCGACCAGAGCAAUAUUCCCCUGACGACGGCCCAGCUGCAUCCAGACGGGCUGAUUUUCGGCACGGGGACGGCGAAUUCCCAAGUCAAGAUUUGGGACCUGAAGGAGCAGCUCAAUGUUGCGACUUGCACCGGACAUGCGGGGGCGAUCACAGCCAUUUCGUUCUCGGAGAAUGGGUAUUACAUGGCGACGGCUGACGAUGCCUGCGUCAAGUUGUGGGAUUUGAGGAAAGUGAGGAACUUUAAAACGCUCCAGUUGGAUGAGGAUUACCAAAUCAAGGACUUGUGCUUUGAUCAGAGCGGGACCUAUUUGGCGGUGGCGGGAACUGAUGUCAGGGUGUAUUUCUGUAAGCAAUGGCAGGAACUGAAGGUGUUCAAUGACCACACGGCUGCAGCGACGGGUGUUAGGUUCGGUAAAGACGCCAGGUUUAUAGCUUCCACUUCCAUGGACAGGACAUUAAAAUUGUACGGUUUAGAUUAGGGAUAAAUUGACUGCGAGUUGUACACAAUAGUUUGUCGUCUUGCAUUUCGCAUAAUUAGGUCUUAAAGUACGAUUACUUUAUGUUAAUGUUUAUUUUAAUUUUACAAAUAAAGUGAUUAAAUCUCAA